AUGAAGCCUGGCUUGGUUCAGAUUGAUGCUCACAGCCGUCUGGAUGACUGUCUGCAGCAGUACGUGGGCGUGUUCGAGCGAGGGGGGGUGAGUGGAGACCGGCUGCUCAGAAUCAGCCACGCAGAGCUGGAGGAACUGGGGGUGUCCCGCAUCGGCCACCAAGAACUGAUCCUGGAGGCUGUGGACCUGCUCUGUGCUCUGAACUCAGGGCUGGAGACAGAGAGUGUGCGAACUCUUGCUCACAAACUCGGUGCUUCGGCCAAAAACCUUCAGAACUUCAUUUCUGGUCGGCGUCGCAGCAGCCAAACAGAGAGCAGGACGUCACGGAGGCUUCCCAACGAUCUCUUAACCUCCGUGGUGGACCUCAUCAGUGCAGCUAAGAGUCUGCUGGCCUGGCUCGACAGCUCGUUUGAGCACAGAAACCAAAAGCUUAUUGUUUACAACCAUCUACUUCACCGUAACGUCCUCCUUCCUGCCUGCCCGCGCCUGCUAGUACGAGCCGUACGAGCAGUGAACGACUCACUGUGGUUCUGGAUCAGCCCCUUCCCGCUCCCCUUCGAGUCGUUCAGUUCUGAACGAAUCGUUCAUCUGAUCUGA